UAGCGAUGUUGUCGCCUUGUCUUUGUGGCAGCAGCGUGCCGAUGGUUGGCCACCUGCGUAUCAUCAGUUGCGAAGCGCGCCCACUCGGUCAGUUGACUACCAAUAUAACGGCAACUCCGUCUGGGACGCCUUGUUGCAAUAUGCGGUAUCGUUCAUCCUCCGUACCGUCGCGUAUAUAAUACGUACUACCAAACUUGUCUCCCCUGCACGUCCCUGCGCGACUCGAAGGGACGCUCAACAUGCUCGCUUCGUCCUCGCAAUCCCCCAUCGCAGCCCUGUCCCCCGUGUCCCCCGUGUCCGAGAAGGACAUCGAGGAGGCAUACAUUGAGGACCCCAACACCGAGGGCACGCGUUUCCAGGCUGCCUUGGGCGAGCGCGCUCGGCGGAGGCAUUUCUUCUCCCGUCUAGACAACGAGGUCGCGGAUGCCGUGCAUAAGGACGCUGAGACGGUCGAUUUCACGGAAGGCGAGGAGAAGGAGGUGCGGAGGAAGAUCGACCGCAGAGUCCUAUCGCUGGUCAUUGGGAGUUAUCUGUUCAACCAGUUCGACCGUACCAAUAUCGGCAAUGUACACACUGUGGCCGCAUUUAAUGAGAACUACGGUGUCACGAAUAACAACAGAUGGACACUCGCCCUCAGUGUCUUCUACAUCGGAUAUUGUCUGCUCGAGAUUCCUGCAAAUGUUCUGCAACGCCGCAUCGGUGCGAACAAGUUCUUCUUUAUGUCGCUCACCUGGUGGGGCCUGUGUUCACUAUCGUUCGUGUACGCGAAGAGCUACACUGGACUGUUGAUCUUGCGUGUGCUCCUUGGUAUUGGCGAGGCGGGUUACUACGCGGGAAUGGUGUACUACCUAUCGUUCUGGUACAAACGGCACGAGCUUGCUAUGCGUAUUAGUAUCUGCAUGACAGGCACAUAUCCCGGUGCCAUCAGUGGCUUGAUUGCCUUCGGGCUGCUGCGAGUCCACACGUCCGUCCUCAAAGGGUGGCAGUUCCUGUUUCUCAUUGAGGCCAUUCCAACGAUCAUCAUGGCGUCCUUGCUACUGCUGUUCCUUCCCUCCUUCCCGUUCACCGCCUCUUUCUUGACGCCUCGUCAAAGGGCGAUCGCACAGGCCCGCCUCAACAAAGACCAGAAGCCGACAUCGCACGGAGGCAUGAGCGGCUUCCGUGCGUUCGCUAUGGUCGUGACCGACGUCAAUGCGUGGCUUCUCAUGAUCAUCUACUGCGGAUUCAACGUCGGUACCGCGACGAUCACAUACUUCCUGCCUACGCUCAUCGUCGAUCUGGGCUUCAGUGGCAUCAACGCCCAGGGCAUGACCGUCGCGCCUUAUGUAGCCGGCUGGUUCCUCGUAGUCUUCCAAGCAUGGCAUUCGGAUCGGACGCGCGACCGUGGCUGGCACGUCAUGCUCUCCUCGGCCAUCUCAUUCAUCGGCUACCUCAUCCUAGCCACCAGUGUGGAGAAGAGUGUUGGCGCGGGCUACUUCGCCCUAUUCCUCGUCGUUGGCGGGAAUUUCAGUCUGUUCCCGUUGGUGAUGAGCUGGGCCGCAAACUGUUUCUCACCCACACCAAAGCGUGGUGUAGGCACUGCGUUCAUUGUCUCCAUAGCGAACUGCCUCUCCAUAGCAGCGCCGCAGAUCUACUUCGACAACUACGACGACUAUCGCAAAGGCCAUGCAAUCUCCGCAGGGUGCCUCUUUGCUUCCAUACUCGCGGCAUUCGUCCUCCGCACGCGGCUAUCGCACAAGAACAGGAAGAACAGAGACCACCUCCAGGCCAUGACCCAGGACGAGAAGACGAAGCUGUCGGACGAACCGGAGAUCGCGGACACCGAUCCGCGAUAUGUAUUCAUGGUGUAAUGAGAGAACGAGCCACGGUACGGAGAGAUUCCGUGUUGUAU